AUGUCGCUUGUGCUUGUACUUAGGCGUGCGCUUUUUCUAGUUGCAGUAACGAGAAACAUACUAGUGUGCGUAUGCUUCUUAAAUACAAAAUAUCAAAUACAACUAGAUCUUACUAUACCUAGCGAAUUCCUGAAAAUUGACAGAUCGUAUAAAUAUACCAAUGUAACAAUAGGAAAUGACUCUUAUCUUUGCCUGCUUAGCACACAAAAUGGAAUUUCUCCCAAUGAUAAUCACUCUGGUGAAGUGAAGGAAGAGGAGCUGAUGACAGCUUGUGACGAAAUAGAUUUAAUUACAAAGACAGAAAAUGCAUCAGAAGGGAUGAAUAAUUAUGUAGAAGAAAAAUUACAUCAAAGUAAUUACCUCAUAAAGUAUUCUGAAGACAUGGGGAUAUAUUACGAGUUGUCUGGAAAAAAUGAUUCUUUUUUAUCGAAUCCAUUGGGGGUAGGUCAAAUGAGUGGAAGUAUAAACAAAGCAUGUAGACGCAGACACGAUGGCGAUGAGAGUAACUGGACGAGGGGGAGCAGCAUCACCAGCUGCAGUGGCAACACCAAAUACAAUAAUGAUCGUUCCGUUUUAGGAGGACAAAACGAACGAGGAGAUACAAGAGCAAAGGGUAGGAAUCCUGGAAAGAAGAAAAAAUCCUAUGGGCAAUCACACGAAGGAAGAAGUAAAAACAAUAAGAGACAGUUAGCGCUACAAUGUAAUUUCAAAAAAUUGUAUGACUAUAUUUUUUAUAAACACAAAUUUAAUGCUUAUCAUAAGAAUAGAAUAUACAGCAAUGUGAAUGAACAAUUAAAGAUAAAAAAUCAUAUGAUAAAAGGAAAGAUGCUAACAAUAAAAAAUGUAUGUAUUGAUUCAUAUAGUUCUUCUAGUGAAAAUAUUUUGAAAAUUUGCCUCAACAAGUAUGUGUCCUUUAUUACCAAAAAGGGUCAUGAUAGUCAAUUCUCAAGUGAGCACAAAACAGAUGCAUCUGAUUUGAAUAGAAUACCAGCACUCGAUUCUAACAUAAUACAAACACCCGAUUCGAACAGAGUGCAAACACCCGAUUCUAACAGAAGACAUGUAUCCAUCUCGAGCUACUUGAAUGAUAAAGAUUUGAUGUUUGCCAAUAACACCGUGGUUCAAUACUACACAGAUGGGACUUAUUUCUUUGAAGCACUUUACAUAUGUGGAAACAACAAUUUACAAAUUAAUAGUUUUGAAAAAUUACAUAGGAUUUAUUAUCCAAGUUUUUUCGAAAUUUAUAAGCGUCUUAAUGCAAAUUUGAGAAACAUUUAUAAAAUUAUAUUAAACAAGUUGACGAAUAACGAAUCUUAUUUUUUUAAAACAUUUUCUAUGUAUAAAUACAGUGAUAGCUAUUUCAAAUCGUUAAAGGAUAAACUUAAUCAAAUUCUAAAUGCUUUUUUCCCAAAUGUAACACACUUGUAUCGCAUAACACUAAGUGCAUACAUGUUUUGUAAUUACACGGAUACAAUAAAUCCGCCAAACCAUUUUUUACUAAAAAAUUUAGUGAAUAAAUGUCACGAGUACAGUAAGAAUGAUGGAUAUAUAUACGAAGUUUGCAUACCAUAUAGUGUCAUUAAGUAUGAGAAAGAUGAAUAUGGAUUAGUAAAAUAUCCCCUUACCUUGUUAGGCCAUUCUGAUCGUUCAAUAAAUGAAGGAAAACCAUUUUACGAAAAAAUGUACGAUGCAUUUCCUGUUUUUCAAAAGAAUUAUAGACUUUAUAAAGAUAUUCAAAAUUAUCCCAGUUCACAAAAAAGUGUAACUGCACCAUCUGCUGCUAUUUCGUUGGGGCCCUCGGGACACGAAGGGGAAGCAAACAAGGAAAACGGGGCAAACGGGGCAAAUAAGUCAAACGGGGAAAACAAGACAAACGGGGAAAACAAGACAAACGGGGAAAACAAGACAAACGGGGAAAACAAGACAAACGAGGCAAACAAGUCAAACGGGGAAAACAAGACAAACGAGGCAAACAAGUCAAACGGGGAAAACAAAACAAACGACGCAGGUGAAACAGAGAAAGAGAGAAACAUAGAGCAUGCAGUUCCUUAUGCUGCUAGUCCUUCUUUUCCCCCUCAUGAUAAUUCACCAUCAUCAUCUAUCCAGAUCGAUGGCUCAUCCGAUUUGACUCACUCUUUGACUAUGUCAUCCCUGUCAUCAGCUCAGGGGGUCAAGAGUACAGAUGUCCAAAAGGAAGAUGAUGUUAAAAAAGGAAGCGAUUCCCCAAAAAAGAACGCUCACAAUUAUAUGAACACUCAUAUAAACAGCCAUAGUCAUCACAAUAAUAUGCAGCAUAGAGAGGAGAAUCCCACAAUGGAUAGCAAACAUCUGAACCUAUCGAACCAUGGAAGAUAUAAUCCCUUUUUCUCCUCUGCUUGGGAUCGAAUUCCAUACAUAAGUACAUACAUGAUAAAUAAACCAGCAGAAAUAUUAAAAUAUGGAAAUGAAAAUUUUUAUAAGGCUUUAGCUAUUGAUUUAAAAGGAGGGAAAUGUAAAAAUUAUUUAGAUGAAGUGUAUGAUUAUAUAACAACUAUGUAUUUCGAUUGUUCUUUACUUUAUCAAAAUGAGACUGAAACAAAAAUAGUUAAUGUUUUUCAAACAACAGAAUGUCACUACUAUGUGCAUGUUACUUCCCCUUUUCUUUGUGCCCAUCCGACUUUGCACAUAUCUGUGGGAUCAGAAAAUGAAGUUAUAAGAUGCUUCAGAAAUGUAUAUGCAGCUAGUGCUCAAAGGGUUCGGUUAUUUAAUGAGGAUGACAAUGACAAGGGUAUAAAUUCACAAAACGAUCCAUACAUGAGUGAGGAAGAUCAAUUGUACUUUGAGGAAUUUGAAGAAAAAAAAAAAGAAAUGCAAGAGAAAAAAAACAUACAUACAUUUGAAUCUGUUCCAUUGAAUACCCAAAUAAAAUUUGGUGUACAAUAUGAUUUCGGGCUAGGAAAUUAUGUACGAAAAAGAAUGUACAAAGGAACUCCCAUUUUUCAUAUUGGGAAUAUUGUGAGACAUCGUUACUGGAACUAUGAAGCUGUGGUUGUCAGCUGGGAUUACAUAUGCUACGCCCCAAGUGCGUGGAAAUAUUAUAUUUUCUUGGAGUAUCCAUCGAAAUUUCAGAAUUCUGUGCACUACCUUCUUUUAGUAAAUAAGGGGGAUAACAGAAAAGGUGAAGCUUUGCACGAUAGUUCAAUUCGAUCGGUCGACAAGGAAGUUCAAAAGGAUCACCUUAACAAGUGUACAACAAAUUCGUGCACGAAUUUCACACGUACUUCUACUGAUAAAACCUCUGAAACAACGUCGAACUCCAGUGAAGAACAAUUGUUUAAUGAUAACAAUUUCCAUUUUGCUUACGUACCUGAAUCCAGUUUGGUGUAUGGAGAAAAAAUGAUUUACAGCGAAUAUUUAUCUCAGUUUUUUGAUCACUAUAACUCUUUUUUUCAUUUUUAUAUUCCAAAAAAGGAUCAUAUAAUUUGGAAGCUUUUCCCUUAUGAUUUCUUCAACCUUAUAUUUUGA